AAACCCCUCGCGCGCGCGCUCAUCGUCGCUCUCGCUGCUGCGGCCACAGAGCAUCUCUUCUGCACUGCGCGAUCGCUGCGAUCGCUGCAGAGCCAACGCUUCUGUCACCAGCAAACGCAGCGGCUCCAAAACCUCCAGCAGAGACGCUUAGGGCUGCCAAAACGGCGCCGCGCCGCACGAUAGAUCACAGAACAACAUGCCGCCGCGACCCAAGAAAGGCAGCAAGGACGACGACACCACGAUCGUCAUCGACGUCAUGAACGGCGACGACCCGCAAAAGGCGAAGAAACCAAAACCGCGCAAGAAGAAACCGAGCGCCGGCGACGCGCCGCCGCCGCCGCCGCCGCUCAAAAGGACCACGUCCUCACCCAAGACCAACGGCAAAAAGAACGGCAAAAAGAAGCCGCCCCCGAUCACGAUGGACGUCGCUGCCAAGGACGAAGCUAGAGCUGUGCGCGCGUGCCAGCGCAUCAUCGCGUCGCGGCCCGAGGACUACCGCGCGAUGUCGUCGCGCUUCGAGUUCGUGUCGCGGCUCGGCUCGGAGUUCGGCAACGCGAACCCCCAGGACAUGAAGAAGGUCAAGAAGCAGCACGGCGGCUUCGAGGCCUUUGUGGUUGCGCACGCGACGGAGUUGUUCGCGUUCACGCCGCCGCCGUCGCCCGGCGGCGCCGCGGCCGCGCCGUCGCCCGAGGACUUCUCGGACUUCAUCUUGAACGACGUCUGCGUCGGCGAGCACGUCCUCGAGCUGCUGCGGGCGCAGGAUAUCGGUUCCAUCGAGACGCUGCGCAUGUUAAAUCUGGACGACCUCCGGGCGAUCCCCGGGUUGGCGCUUGGGCCGCGGCGGAAGCUCCACGAGGCGAUUACGGAGCUGCGGGACGGCGGCGUAACUUGA